AUGAUCAGAUGUGCAAAGAAAACUAUUCCCAGAGGCAAGACUAAACACUAUCGAGUGUUUUGGUCUAAACACCUUGAGGAACUGAAAAGAAAGCGGGAUGCCCUUCGCAACACUGCUGUUGAGACUGGAAGAACGGAAGACGUACAAGCCUGGAGACGACAAUCAGCUGUCCUAAGGCAAGCCAUCUUACAAGCUAAACGGACUUCCUUCGACAAGUUCAUCUCAAAUAUCAACUAUCAAAGUGAUAGCCAACGCAUUUUCAAAUUCCUGGGUAACCUCCAAAACAACAAGGAAAGAAUCAAGAAAGAACCAAUACGUUUAAAAAACAAACUGCUUACCACUGACUCCGAAAUAGCUAACUGCUUUGCGAGGUUCUAUUCCCACAAGCAAAAGAAAAACCCUUUUGUCAGAAAAUCUUCAGGAGAUUUAAAAAUACAAAAAGCCAUAGAACUGAAGAAAGAAUUACAAAUCGAUGACAAACCAAAAAGCCUCUCUCUCCCCAUGAACCCAUUAGCAGACACUGAUGUAGUGUGUUACACCCAACUCCUUGACUUCUUCAGGAAAUCAAACACCCCUCCAGAGCAAAUGCGCUCACUGGCCCUUGAGACAAUCAAUGUCAACUAUCCUGGAGAUCAAUGGCUCCAAAUCUUCACUGAAAACCAAGCAAAUAUUGCAGCGAGACACAAAAGAUCCGCUAUUGAAGGAGAAAUAGAGGCCAUUAGGAUAGCACUAUGCCAAUUAUUUUGCCUGGAUACGAAAUUCACCAAAGUGGUGUUACUUUUGGACUCGCAGUCAGCAAUAAACUCAAUUGGAAACAGAGAGCCACCCAAAACAGCUGAGAUAAAGGAAUGUAGAAAACUCUAUGAGCUGCUGGGAGAAAAGAACAAAACAGUGGUCCUACAAUGGAUUCCUGGUCACUGUGGCAUUAAAGGCAAUGAGCUUGCUGACACACUUGCUAAGAAGGGGACAACGACUUUGCAAUGCAUGGGCCGGCCGAUGUCUUCCCACACAAUGAGAAUUCAAGACCUCAUGGUGUAA